AUGGUUGUAACCCUAUUUUUUUUUCUAUAUAAACAAAUCCCUCCCCUCCUAACCAUAUUCACUUUCCUCUGCCUCCUCUUUUGCAUGUCUUACUUGUUUAUUUCUUCAAUUCCUUCAAUUCGUAUAUUAUUGAUUUUUUUUGCACCCAUAGAAUUUCGAAGCUUUGAAUUCUUUCCGAAUUCUUCUGUUGCUAUAUUUGAAUCUUUACUCUUUUGAAAAUUCGUAUUCUAUUGAUUUUUUUUGAAGAAGUGAGACUCAAAAUGGGCUGUUGAUUUUGAUAUCGAAUACUCCAAUUUAAUUGUAUUAUUAUUAUUAUUAUUAGUUGAUUCAACGGAGGUUUCAUGAGUUCUGGAUUCAACGGAGGUUUCAUGAGUUCUGGAUUCAACGGAGGUUUCAUGAGUUCUGGAUACUACUACCAAUCAGCUGCUAGCUUCUGUACCUUACCCAUCAAUACUGGAUAUUCACACACCCUUGUAUCAACCUUCUUCACUUCUGGUUUGUGGUUUUAUAUAUUAUGCCUUACUGUUUAUUGUUUAUUUUCCAGUUCAGGUGAAUUUAUUGUUAUUAUACCAUCCACAGGGGUCAUGUUCAGCAAUUCAACUCAUGUUAAUACUGUGCCAUUGUAUUUGAACUCUGUACCAUCUAAUGCUCCACCAUCUUAUGUCUAUGCUCAACCAUCUGUUGUUAAUCAAGUUGGACCCCCUGAACUUUCACCUGCUGCGCGUCUGCUCGCUAGAACUUACGAAAACCAGGCUCUUGUAUUUCGUGAUGAACAAGGACAGGAGAGGGUUUAUUGUUCUAUCUGCUGUGAGUAUGGAUCUGGCUCUUCAUCUAGAGGGUACGGUUACCACUCUCCUGAUGGGAGUAGAAAUAUCACCGUACCUGCGUUUGAAGCUCAUCGUGGUACUAAGUACCAUGCUAAAGCUGUGAUUGCUAAAGAGAAGGGGAAAGCAAGGCUGGUUACCCUCAUGGAGAAGGUGGACACCUGCAUGGAGAAGGUGGUCACCUCAGUUGAGGAAAUAAAAGCAAUGCUAAAUGAAAAACAAGAUGGGAACAUUGGGAGGCAGAAACUAGGACCUUGGAAUAUCAAUUUUCAAAUGGUUAAUUUUCUUCAACAGUUCUUUCAAUCAGUCUACCAAGUAGACUAUCUCACUCUUCGACAUGGCUUCAUCACAGCUCAUUUCUCUGAAGGAAAUAGCUUCGAUUUCCAGAAGUAUAUCGAGAGAGCACUUGAGAAAGAUUUUGAGGUGGCGGUUGGUAUGCGGUAA